AUGGCGGCAACAUCUUCGGUCCUCAGAGCUGCCAUGCGCGAUGGGUUGUACCACCGUGUUUCGGGCGCCGGGGCAGAGGUGGAGCGAACCAUCGGGGCGGCCGGGAGCCAUGUUGGAGCGGCGGGAGGCGGCAGCAGCGUCGGGGAUGCUGUGGUGGGGGCGGAAAAAGCCAGGGCCGCACGCCGGAGGGGCUCCGGCCGCGGAGUAGAUGGUGCCCAGAGGGCGGCGGGGGUGCGGAGAGACAGGCGGAGGGGCGGGGGCCCGGGGCGGCGGCAGGGGCCCGGGAGGGGGCCCGAGCGGCGGGGCCAGCCCAAGGCCCGGACCGGGGCGGGGGGCGGUGGAGGCCGUGCAGGGAGGCGGGGGAUGAUGGCGAGGCGGCCGCCGUGGCGGGGCCUCGGGGGACGGUCGACCCCCAUACUCCUGCUCCUUCUCCUCUCUUUGUUCCCCCUCAGCCAGGAGGAGCUGGGGGGCGGUGGGCACCAGGGCUGGGACCCAGGCUUAGCUGCCACUACGGGGCCAAGGGCGCAUAUCGGUGGCGGAGCCUUAGCUCUUUGUCCGGAGUCUUCCGGGGUCCGGGAGGAUGGGGGGCCUGGCCUGGGGGUCAGGGAGCCUAUCUUCGUGGGGCUCCGAGGGAGAAGGCAAAGCGCCCGGAAUAGUCGAGGGCCCCCUGAGCAGCCGAACGAGGAGCUGGGGAUUGAACACGGCGUCCAGCCAUUGGGCAGCCGCGAACGAGAGACAGGACAGGGACCAGGGUCUGUGUUAUACUGGCGCCCAGAGGUCUCCUCUUGCGGGCGGACAGGACCUUUGCAAAGAGGUAGUCUGUCACCAGGGGCUCUGUCCUCAGGGGUCCCGGGCUCGGGGAACAGCUCGCCCCUCCCUUCAGACUUUUUGAUUCGGCACCACGGUCCCAAGCCGGUGUCCUCCCAGCGGAACGCUGGGACAGGCUCCCGCAAAAGAGUGGGCACCGCGCGCUGCUGUGGGGAAUUAUGGGCAACAGGGAGCAAGGGUCAGGGCGAGAGAGCCACGACAUCCGGAGCAGAAAGGACAGCCCCCCGGCGGAACUGUCUUCCAGGGGCCUCGGGAUCUGGCCCCGAGCUGGAUUCAGCACCACGCACGGCGAGGACAGCUCCUGCAUCAGGUUCAGCACCCCGCGAGUCUCGGACAGCUCCCGAGCCGGCGCCCAAGCGCAUGCGCUCCCGGGGUCUCUUCCGCCGCCGCUUCCUCCCGCAGCGCCCCGGGCCGCGUCCCCCGGGACUCCCGGCCCGUCCUGAAGCCAGGAAAAUAACCUCGGCGAACCGGGCACGCUUUCGUCGCGCCGCAAACCGCCACCCGCAGUUUCCGCAGUACAACUACCAGACGCUGGUGCCGGAGAAUGAGGCAGCAGGCACCGCGGUGCUACGCGUGGUUGCUCAGGACCCGGACGCCGGCGAGGCCGGGCGCCUAGUCUACUCGCUGGCGGCACUCAUGAACAGCCGCUCGCUGGAGCUGUUCAGCAUCGACCCGCAGAGCGGCCUUAUCCGUACGGCGGCAGCUCUGGACCGCGAGAGCAUGGAGCGUCACUACCUGCGUGUGACCGCGCAGGACCACGGCUCGCCGCGCCUCUCGGCCACCACGAUGGUGGCCGUGACAGUAGCCGACCGCAACGACCACUCGCCGGUUUUUGAGCAAGCGCAGUACCGGGAGACGCUUCGCGAGAAUGUGGAGGAGGGCUACCCUAUCCUGCAGCUGCGUGCCACUGACGGCGACGCGCCCCCCAACGCCAACCUGCGCUACCGCUUCGUGGGGCCGCCAGCUGCGCGCGCUGCAGCUGCCGCCGCCUUCGAGAUUGAUCCACGCUCCGGCCUCAUCAGCACCAGCGGCCGAGUGGACCGCGAGCACAUGGAAAGCUAUGAGCUGGUGGUGGAAGCCAGCGACCAGGGCCAGGAACCCGGGCCGCGCUCGGCCACUGUGCGCGUACACAUAACUGUGCUAGACGAGAACGACAAUGCUCCUCAGUUCAGCGAGAAGCGCUACGUGGCGCAGGUGCGCGAAGAUGUGCGCCCCCACACAGUCGUGCUGCGCGUCACGGCCACUGACCGGGACAAGGACGCCAACGGAUUGGUGCACUACAACAUCAUCAGUGGCAAUAGCCGUGGCCACUUUGCCAUCGACAGCCUCACUGGCGAGAUCCAGGUGGUGGCACCUCUGGACUUCGAGGCAGAGAGAGAGUAUGCCUUGCGCAUCAGGGCGCAGGAUGCUGGCCGGCCACCGCUGUCCAACAACACGGGCCUGGCCAGCAUCCAGGUGGUGGACAUCAAUGACCACAUUCCUAUUUUUGUCAGCACGCCCUUCCAAGUUUCUGUCUUGGAAAAUGCUCCCUUGGGUCACUCAGUCAUCCACAUUCAGGCAGUCGAUGCAGACCAUGGGGAGAAUGCCAGAUUGGAGUACUCCCUAACUGGUGUGGCACCUGAUACUCCUUUUGUGAUAAACAGCGCCACUGGCUGGGUCUCUGUGAGUGGUCCCCUGGACCGUGAGUCUGUGGAGCAUUACUUCUUUGGUGUGGAGGCUCGAGACCAUGGCUCACCCCCACUCUCUGCCUCAGCCAGUGUCACCGUGACUGUGCUGGAUGUUAAUGACAAUCGGCCUGAGUUCACAAUGAAGGAGUACCACCUACGACUGAAUGAGGAUGCAGCUGUGGGCACCAGUGUGGUCAGCGUGACCGCAGUAGACCGUGAUGCCAACAGUGCCAUCAGCUACCAGAUCACAGGCGGCAAUACCCGGAAUCGCUUUGCCAUCAGCACCCAGGGGGGUGUGGGUCUGGUGACUCUGGCUCUGCCACUGGACUACAAGCAGGAACGCUACUUCAAGCUGGUACUAACUGCAUCUGACCGUGCCCUUCAUGAUCACUGCUAUGUGCACAUCAACAUCACAGAUGCCAACACUCAUCGGCCGGUCUUUCAAAGUGCCCACUACUCAGUGAGUGUGAAUGAAGAUCGGCCAGUGGGUAGCACCAUAGUGGUCAUCAGUGCCUCUGAUGAUGACGUGGGUGAGAAUGCUCGUAUCACCUAUCUCCUGGAGGACAACCUGCCCCAGUUCCGCAUUGAUGCAGACUCAGGAGCCAUUACAUUACAGGCCCCAUUAGACUAUGAGGACCAGGUGACCUACACCCUGGCUAUCACAGCUCGGGACAAUGGCAUCCCACAGAAGGCAGACACUACUUAUGUGGAGGUGAUGGUCAAUGACGUGAAUGACAAUGCUCCACAAUUUGUGGCCUCCCACUAUACGGGGCUGGUCUCUGAGGAUGCCCCACCUUUCACCAGUGUCCUGCAGAUCUCAGCCACUGACCGGGAUGCUCAUGCCAAUGGCCGGGUCCAGUACACUUUCCAGAAUGGUGAAGACGGGGAUGGAGAUUUUACCAUUGAGCCCACCUCUGGAAUUGUCCGUACAGUAAGGCGGCUAGACCGGGAGGCAGUAUCAGUGUAUGAGUUGACUGCCUACGCAGUGGACAGAGGUGUGCCCCCACUCCGGACUCCAGUCAGUAUCCAGGUGAUGGUGCAGGAUGUGAACGACAAUGCACCUGUCUUCCCAGCUGAGGAGUUUGAGGUGCGGGUGAAAGAGAAUAGCAUUGUGGGCUCAGUGGUGGCCCAGAUCACUGCAGUGGACCCUGACGAAGGCCCCAAUGCCCAUAUAAUGUACCAGAUCGUGGAGGGGAACAUCCCUGAGCUGUUCCAAAUGGACAUCUUCUCUGGAGAACUGACGGCACUCAUUGACCUAGACUAUGAGGCUCGCCAAGAAUAUGUGAUUGUGGUGCAGGCCACAUCUGCUCCUUUGGUCAGCCGGGCCACUGUGCACAUCCGCCUGGUUGACCAGAAUGACAACAGCCCUGUGCUCAACAACUUCCAGAUCCUCUUCAACAACUAUGUAUCCAACCGUUCAGACACCUUCCCAUCGGGCAUUAUUGGGCGCAUCCCAGCUUAUGACCCCGAUGUCUCCGACCACCUCUUCUACUCCUUUGAGCGUGGCAAUGAGCUGCAGCUGCUGGUAGUCAACCAGACCAGUGGGGAGCUGCGACUCAGCCGAAAGCUAGACAAUAACCGCCCACUGGUGGCCUCCAUGUUGGUGACUGUCACAGAUGGCCUGCACAGCGUGACGGCGCAGUGUGUGCUGCGCGUGGUCAUCAUCACGGAGGAGUUGCUGGCCAACAGCCUGACCGUGCGCCUUGAGAACAUGUGGCAGGAGCGCUUCCUGUCACCGCUGCUGGGCCGCUUCCUCGAGGGCGUGGCUGCGGUGCUCGCUACGCCCGCUGAGGACGUCUUCAUCUUCAACAUCCAGAACGACACAGACGUAGGGGGCACCGUGCUCAAUGUGAGUUUCUCGGCGCUGGCUCCACGUGGGGCCGGGGCGGGCUCUGCAGGGCCCUGGUUCAGCUCCGAGGAGCUGCAGGAGCAGUUGUACGUGCGCCGGGCGGCGCUGGCGGCUCGCUCCCUGCUCGACGUACUGCCCUUCGACGACAACGUGUGCCUGCGAGAGCCCUGUGAGAACUACAUGAAAUGCGUGUCCGUGCUCCGCUUUGACUCGUCCGCGCCCUUCCUGGCCUCGGCCUCCACGCUGUUCCGACCCAUCCAGCCCAUCGCUGGCCUGCGCUGCCGCUGCCCGCCCGGAUUCACGGGAGACUUUUGCGAGACCGAGCUCGACCUCUGCUACUCCAACCCAUGUCGCAACGGCGGAGCCUGCGCGCGGCGCGAGGGAGGCUACACGUGCGUCUGCCGCCCGCGCUUCACCGGAGAGGACUGCGAGCUGGACACCGAGGCCGGCCGCUGCGUGCCGGGCGUCUGCCGCAACGGGGGCACCUGCACCGACGCGCCCAACGGCGGCUUUCGCUGCCAGUGCCCGGCAGGCGGCGCCUUCGAGGGCCCGCGCUGCGAGGUGGCUGCGCGCUCCUUCCCGCCCAGUUCGUUCGUCAUGUUUCGCGGCCUGCGGCAGCGAUUCCACCUUACGCUGUCCCUCUCGUUCGCGACAGUGCAGCAGAGCGGGCUGCUCUUCUACAACGGGCGCCUGAACGAGAAGCACGACUUCCUGGCCCUGGAACUCGUGGCUGGCCAAGUGCGGCUCACAUAUUCCACGGGUGAAUCCAACACCGUGGUCAGCCCCACAGUUCCAGGGGGCUUGAGUGAUGGGCAAUGGCAUACAGUGCAUCUGAGAUACUACAACAAGCCCCGGACAGAUGCCCUAGGGGGUGCACAGGGCCCCUCCAAGGACAAGGUGGCUGUGCUAAGCGUGGAUGAUUGUGAUGUGGCCGUGGCUCUGCAGUUUGGUGCUGAGAUUGGCAACUACUCAUGCGCGGCUGCUGGUGUGCAAACAAGCUCCAAGAAGUCCCUGGACCUGACGGGCCCUCUUCUUCUGGGAGGUGUCCCCAACCUCCCCGAGAACUUCCCCGUAUCCCAUAAGGACUUCAUCGGCUGUAUGCGGGACCUGCACAUUGAUGGCCGCCGAGUGGACAUGGCGGCUUUUGUCGCAAAUAAUGGCACCAUGGCAGGCUGCCAAGCCAAGCUACACUUUUGUGACUCAGGCCCCUGCAAGAACAGUGGCUUCUGCUCGGAGCGCUGGGGUGGCUUCAGCUGCGACUGCCCUGUGGGCUUUGGCGGCAAAGACUGUCGGCUUACUAUGGCCCAUCCCCACCAUUUCCGUGGCAACGGCACACUGAGCUGGAACUUUGGAAGUGACAUGGCUGUGUCUGUGCCAUGGUACCUGGGGCUGGCAUUUCGGACACGGGCAACGCAGGGGGUCCUGAUGCAAGUGCAGGCUGGGCCACACAGCACGCUCCUUUGCCAGCUAGAUCGGGGGUUACUGUCUGUGACAGUGACCAGGGGCUCGGGCCGUGCUUCCCAUCUCCUUCUGGACCAGGUGACUGUCAGUGAUGGCCGGUGGCACGAUCUGCAGCUGGAGUUGCAGGAGGAACCAGGUGGCCGGCGGGGCCACCAUGUCCUUAUGGUCUCACUGGACUUUAGCCUCUUCCAGGACACCAUGGCGGUGGGGAGUGAGCUGCAGGGCCUGAAGGUAAAGCAGCUCCACGUGGGAGGCCUGCCCCCCGGCAGUGCAGAGGAGGCUCCUCAGGGUCUGGUUGGCUGCAUCCAGGGGGUGUGGCUCGGCUCCACACCCUCUGGCUCCCCGGCCCUGCUACCCCCCAGCCACCGAGUGAAUGCGGAGCCUGGUUGUGUUGUGACCAACGCCUGUGCCUCUGGGCCCUGCCCACCUCACGCAGACUGCCGGGACCUCUGGCAGACCUUUUCUUGCACCUGCCGGCCAGGUUACUACGGCCCAGGCUGUGUGGAUGCCUGCCUCCUGAACCCCUGUCAGAACGAGGGAUCAUGCCGGCACCUGCCAGGAGCCCCCCAUGGCUAUACCUGUGACUGUGUGGGUGGCUAUUUCGGGCACCACUGUGAGCACAGGAUGGACCAGCAGUGCCCACGGGGCUGGUGGGGGAGCCCAACCUGUGGCCCCUGCAACUGUGAUGUUCACAAAGGUUUUGAUCCCAACUGCAACAAGACAAAUGGGCAGUGUCACUGCAAGGAGUUCCACUACCGACCGCGGGGCAGUGACUCUUGCCUCCCAUGUGACUGCUACCCUGUGGGCUCCACCUCGCGCUCAUGUGCACCCCACAGCGGGCAGUGCCCCUGUCGCCCAGGAGCCCUUGGCCGCCAGUGCAACAGCUGUGACAGUCCCUUCGCAGAGGUGACAGCCAGCGGCUGCCGGGUGCUCUAUGAUGCCUGCCCUAAGUCCCUGAGAUCUGGUGUGUGGUGGCCCCAGACAAAGUUUGGCGUCCUGGCCACAGUGCCCUGUCCCCGGGGGGCCCUGGGUGCUGCUGUGCGGCUGUGUGAUGAGGCCCAGGGUUGGCUGGAGCCCGACCUCUUCAACUGUACCUCCCCUGCCUUUCAAGAGCUCAGUCUGCUGCUGGAUGGCCUAGAGCUGAACGAGACGGCACUGGAUACCAUGGAGGCCAAGAAGCUGGCUCAGCGGCUACGGGAGGUGACUGGCCACACUGACCACUAUUUUAGCCAAGAUGUUCGAGUCACUGCCCGCCUGCUGGCCCACCUGCUGGCCUUCGAGAGCCAUCAGCAGGGCUUCGGGCUGACAGCCACACAGGAUGCCCACUUCAAUGAGAAUCUGCUGUGGGCUGGCUCUGCACUGCUUGCCCCAGAGACAGGGGACUUGUGGGCGGCGCUGGGGCAGCGGGCCCCUGGGGGCUCCCCAGGCAGCGCGGGGCUGGUGAGGCACCUGGAGGAGUAUGCAGCCACACUCGCAAGGAAUAUGGAACUCACAUACCUGAAUCCCAUGGGGCUGGUGACGCCUAAUAUCAUGCUCAGCAUUGACCGCAUGGAGCACGCCAGUUCUCCCCGGGGGGCCCAUCGCUACCCUCGCUACCAUAGCAACCUUUUUCGAGGCCAGGAUGCCUGGGAUCCUCACACCCAUGUGUUGCUGCCUUCCCAGUCCCCACGGCCAUCCCCAUCUGAAGUUCUGCCCACAAGCAGCAGCAUAGAAAACUCCACCACCUCAAGUGUGGUCCCCCCACCAGCCCCACCAGAGCCAGAGCCUGGGAUCUCCAUCAUCAUUCUCCUCGUUUACCGCACCUUAGGGGGACUGCUCCCUGCCCAGUUCCAGGCGGAACGCCGAGGUGCCAGGCUUCCUCAGAACCCCGUCAUGAACUCCCCGGUGGUCACCGUGGCUGUGUUCCACGGACGCAACUUCCUAAGGGGAAUCCUGGAGUCCCCCAUCAGCCUAGAGUUUCGCCUGCUACAGACAGCGAAUCGGAGCAAGGCGAUCUGUGUGCAGUGGGACCCACCUGGCCUGGCGGAGCAGCAUGGUGUGUGGACAGCACGGGACUGCGAGCUGGUGCACAGGAAUGGGUCCCACGCACGGUGUCGCUGCAGCCGGACAGGGACCUUUGGGGUCCUCAUGGAUGCCUCUCCCCGUGAGAGGCUGGAGGGCGACCUGGAGCUGCUGGCUGUGUUCACCCACGUGGUCGUGGCUGUGUCUGUGGCUGCGCUGGUGCUGACUGCAGCCAUCCUGCUGAGCCUGCGCAGCCUCAAGUCCAAUGUGCGUGGGAUCCAUGCCAAUGUGGCAGCCGCCCUGGGGGUGGCAGAGCUCCUCUUCCUGCUGGGGAUUCACAGGACCCACAAUCAGCUGGUGUGCACUGCAGUCGCCAUCCUCCUGCACUACUUCUUCCUCAGCACAUUCGCGUGGCUCUUCGUGCAGGGGCUGCACCUCUACCGCAUGCAGGUUGAGCCACGCAACGUGGACCGCGGCGCCAUGCGCUUCUACCAUGCCCUGGGCUGGGGCGUCCCUGCUGUGCUGCUGGGCCUUGCUGUGGGCCUGGACCCUGAGGGCUAUGGGAACCCUGACUUCUGCUGGAUCUCAGUCCACGAGCCCCUCAUCUGGAGCUUUGCUGGCCCUGUUGUCCUGGUCAUAGUGAUGAACGGGACCAUGUUUCUCCUCGCUGCCCGCACAUCCUGCUCCACAGGGCAGAGGGAGGCCAAGAAGACCUCUGCACUGACCCUUCGCAGCUCCUUCCUGCUGCUUCUGCUGGUCAGUGCCUCCUGGCUCUUUGGGCUCCUGGCAGUCAACCACAGCAUCCUAGCCUUCCACUACCUCCAUGCUGGACUCUGCGGCCUCCAGGGCCUGGCGGUGCUGCUGCUCUUCUGUGUCCUAAAUGCAGAUGCUCGGGCUGCCUGGACGCCAGCCUGUCUGGGCAGGAAGGCAGCGCCUGAGGAGGCAAGGCCAGCACCUGGGAUGGGACCUGGGGCCUACAACAACACGGCUCUCUUUGAGGAGAGUGGCCUCAUCCGCAUCACUCUGGGCGCCUCCACUGUCUCCUCUGUGAGCAGUGCCCGCUCCGGCCGGACCCAGGACCAGGACAGCCAGCGGGGCCGCAGCUACCUCAGGGACAAUGUCCUGGUUCGACAUGGCUCAGCCGCUGACCACACUGACCACAGCCUCCAGGCUCAUGCUGGCCCCACUGACCUGGACGUGGCCAUGUUCCAUCGAGAUGCUGGCGCAGACUCUGACUCUGACAGUGACCUGUCCUUGGAGGAGGACAGGAGUCUCUCCAUUCCAUCUUCAGAAAGCGAGGACAAUGGCCGGACGCGGGGGCGCUUCCAACGGCCACUCUGCCGGGCAGCCCAGAGUGAGAGGCUCCUCACCCACCCCAAAGAUGUGGAUGGCAAUGACCUCCUGUCCUACUGGCCAGCCCUGGGGGAGUGCGAGGCAGCCCCCUGUGCUCUGCAGACUUGGGGCUCUGAAAGGCGCCUGGGGCUGGACACCAGCAAGGAUGCAGCUAACAACAACCAGCCAGACCCGGCCCUGACCAGUGGGGAUGAGACUUCUCUGGGCCGGGCCCAGCGCCAGAGGAAAGGCAUCCUGAAGAACCGGUUGCAAUACCCACUGGUGCCACAGACCCGAGGUGCCCCUGAGCUGUCCUGGUGCCGUGCAGCCACCUUGGGCCACCGUGCUGUGCCAGCUGCCUCUUACGGUCGCAUCUAUGCUGGCGGGGGCACGGGUAGCCUUUCACAGCCAGCCAGCCGCUACUCUUCUAGAGAACAGCUGGACCUGCUCCUCCGGCGGCAACUGAGCCGUGAGCGACUAGAGGAAGCCCCUGCCCCUGUUCUACGUCCCCUGAGCCGGCCAGGGUCCCAGGAAUGCAUGGAUGCUGCACCAGGCCGACUGGAGCCCAGAGAUCGGGGCAGCACCCUGCCACGGAGGCAGCCACCUCGGGACUACCCUGGCACCAUGGCUGGCCGCUUCGGGUCACGGGAUGCGCUCGACUUAGGGGCACCUCGAGAGUGGUUGAGCACGCUGCCUCCGCCCCGCCGCACCCGGGACCUUGACCCACAGCCCCCACCUCUGCCCCUGUCUCCCCAGCGGCAACUCUCAAGGGACCCCCUCUUGCCAUCCCGGCCGCUGGACUCUCUGUCUAGGAGCUCGAACUCUCGGGAGCAGCUGGACCAGGUGCCUAGCCGGCACCCCUCACGAGAAGCCCUUGGGCCACCCCCGCAGCUGCUCAGAGCUAGGGAGGACUCGGUCAGUGGCCCCAGCCAUGGCCCCUCCACAGAACAGUUGGACAUUCUUUCCUCCAUCCUUGCCUCUUUCAACUCCUCGGCCCUCUCUGUGCAAUCUUCAAGCACACCCUUGGGCCCUCACACCACUGCCACACCUUCUGCCACAGCCUCUGUGCUUGGGCCCUCCACGCCACGUUCUGCCACAUCUCACAGCAUCUCGGAGCUGUCGCCAGACUCAGAAGUUCCCAGAAGUGAGGGUCACUCCUGAGGGGAUGACGGCGUGGACGAGGAACAGCUGAGGGCGACAGAGGAUCUAGGCUAACAGGAGAGACUCCAGGAGUGGGGGCAGAUCCCAAGGCAGCCUCCUGCUCCCCAGUGGUGGGUGCCCCAGCUCUACCUGGUGUGGCAGGGCUGAGGCUCCAUGUGCAUCUGUGAGCAUGCGUGUGACAGGUGCAGAGACGGGGGACUGGAGGGAGACUUUUAUACGUUUUGUACCUUUGUAACCAGAGAGAUGCUUAUGUUAUUUUUCAGCUUUUCUGUCUCCUGGGGGGUUUGAGGCUGGGCUGGGAGGGGGAGGGAGAUAGAGGGAGAGAUGCAGUUUGACCCCAUUUGGGUCCUGAGCAAACCCUAUGCUCAUCUCUCUGUCCUUCCUGGGGUGGACUCAGAUGGGUGGGACACAUGCCUUCCUCCCCCUAUUCCACCCCCAAGUUGAUCUGAGUAUCGUCAGGGGCCCAAAGUACAGAAUUGUUCUUUGCUUUUUAUUGAAUGCUCCAAAGGCCAAACUUCUGGGGCUGGGGGUUGGUCUUGGAAACAGGGGUCCUCUGACUUCCUCAUGGGGGCUCGCUCAUACCGCCCCUCCUGGUGGAUGUGUGUGUUUAUUAUGUGGAGUCCCUGCCACUUACUGCCUUAUGACCUAGGACUGAUGCUGUGGGGUGCUGGUGGAGCAGCUGAUGUCGUGUUUACAGAGCAAGGCUUCCCUGUCUCCCACGGGGAGGGGCUCGGGCCUCUAGUCAGACAUUCCUGCAGAGGGUCGGUGGAGGGGUCAUUCACCUGCCCCUGCAGCAAGCAAAAGUUGUCUGUGGUGCCAUUUGAUUCCCUGACACUGCCCCCUGCUUGAAUUGAUUCUGAAGGGUAGGGUGGGAAGGUGAGCAAAGGGAGCAGAAACAAGGGAAUUCAAGACCCAGAAUGUAGGUGCCACUGCCUCCUAUGUUUACAGGAUCCUCCGUGGCCCUAGGCACCUGGGCUGCAGGAAGUGACUCCGUUCCACUCCUCCUUUAUUCCCUUAAAAAGGGAAAAAUGACUGUUACGACCCUGUUCACAAAACUCUUACUUUUGCUAUUUUGUCUGCUGUCCAGAACUGAAGACUUUAAAAUUUUGUUACUGUUUACAAGUCCAGAUUCAAAAAAUGUUUUUACUUUGUUUACAACUCAAAACUUUGAGUUUUACACUUUGUUUACAGUAGAUAACUUUUUUUCCUUUGUUUACAAGUGAAAGGUAGGGAAAGUGGGAGAGGGACUUGGAGGACCCACCUGUGAGGACCCUGACCUGGCCAUCUUGAGGGGUUUUCUCUAACCCCCAGCUCUCCCAGGCCGAAGGUCAGCCUUGAGUCCCGUUUAACAGCAGACCCAGAAGACCUUGAGAGUAGGCGUCCUCUAACCACUGGGGAGAGUGGCUGUGCAGGGUUGGGGGGUGGUCUGUGCAGACACCUCCUCACCCACCACCCCAUGCAUACUCUUGGGAAGCAGUUUCCUGGGAGAUUAGAAAUUCUACUUCCCUGACUGGAGCUAAAUCCCACCAGCCAGGACCCAAACUCUCCUUACCGAGAAGGACCCCAGCUCUUGAAGGGCUGAGUGGCCUGCUGGGGGUGGGAGGGUGUCUUUACUAUGUCCUAGGUUUCGUAGAUGCCCCUCUCUGGGGUUCCCCUCCUCCAGCCCAGCGGCCCUCUUUCCUGUCUGUGUAAAUUGUUCCGUGAAGCCGCGCUCUGUUUUGGGAAUAAACUUCUAUAGAAAACA